GUUUCCGUGUAUGUUUCACAUAUGGUUUUGACAGAUCUGAUUACAUACAGCGACAUCUCGUAUCUUGGCACGAGAUUUUCUCGCUUGUCAAACGCAAAUUGGCGCAAAUCGCAAAUGUCAGAGAAAAACAGCGAAUAAUAAAAGGGUCAUAAUUUCUUAAACAUUUUAAACGCGCACAUAAAAACCAUGGAUAUGUCGAAUAAUUUUGAACCAACUGAAAUAAAACGACUGGAUCCAGUCGUUGUAAAUAGGAUUGCAGCCGGCGAAAUAAUCAAGAGACCAGCAAAUGCUCUCAAGGAAAUGAUUGAAAAUAGCUUGGACGCCAAAUCAACGAACAUUCAAAUCACCGUAAAAAAUGGUGGCCUCAAAUAUUUACAGAUUCGCGACAAUGGCACCGGCAUACGCAAGGACGAUUUGAAGAUUAUUUGUGAACGAUUCACCACGUCUAAGCUGCAGAAAUUUGAAGAUCUACAAUCAAUUGCCACCUACGGUUUUCGCGGUGAAGCUCUUUCGAGCAUCAGUCAUGUUGCCCGUCUAACAAUUCAAACAAAAACUGUCAACGAUAAAUGCGCCAACAAGGCAUUGUACGAAGACGGUCGUCUUAAAGAAGAUAUUAAAAGUUGUGCGGGUAAUCAGGGGACACAAAUUACAGUUGAGGAUAUGUUUUUCAAUAUGCCACAACGCAAACAAUUGUUUAAAUCGGUCAGUGAGGAGUUUUCACGAAUUAUGGAUGUUGUUAGCAAAUAUGCCAUACAUAAUGCAAGCGUUGGAUUUUGUGUGACAAAACAUGGUGAGAAUGCGUCACUUCGAACACCAGCCAAAUCAACGCAACGCGAAAAUAUUCGAAUUGUGUAUGGUGGCGAGGUGGUGAAUGAAAUAAAAUCAAUUGAUUGCAGCGAUGAACUUUUACAAUUUGAAAUGUCUGCACUGGCCUCAAGCGUCAAAUAUUCAUCGAAGAAAUUUACAUUCCUUUUGUUCAUCAAUCAUCGAUUAGUUGAGUCAACGGCUCUGAAGAAUGCCAUCGAUCAAGUAUAUGCAACAUUUUUACCGAAAGGAAAUCAUCCAUUUGUCUACAUGGAUUUGCGUAUUGAGCCACAAAACGUAGAUGUCAAUAUGCAUCCCACAAAACACGAGGUAAAUUUUCUUUAUGAAAAUGAAAUUGUGGAAAAAAUCAAAUCGGCAUUCGAAUCGACAUUGAUUGGAUCAAAUGAAACGCGAGAAUUGUAUACACAACAGCUAUUACCGGGCGCUUCAAAUCCAUAUUUAGAUGAUAAUGAGUCGAUGUCACAAAAGAAAGAAGCUAAGGUGUAUGCCAAAGACAUGGUCCGGUCUGAUAGUAAAGAACAAAAGUUGGAGAAAUUUUUUGGAACAAUUAUAAAAUCAUCGGCAAAUGAAUCCAUUGAAAUUGGCACACCGAAUGAAGAAAGUGCUGAGGAUGACAGCAAACAGAAUACAAGCUCACAAAAAUCGUUUGUUUUACCGUUACAAACGAAAAUCGACGUUGCACGAAAAAAAACCAAAUUGACGAGCAUUUUGACGUUGCGCAAAAAAGUUGAGAACAAAUGCGAUAAGAAUUUGCGUCACAUAUUGGCCGAAUCAAAUUUUGUUGGUUGCAUCGAUCGUCAGCUGUCUCUAAUCCAAUCGGGAUCGAAUUUGUAUCUGUGUGAUAUGCAAAAAUUGAGUGAAGAGUUGCUUUAUCAAAUGUUGCUUUAUAAUUUUGAGAAUUUCUGCGAAAUUCAAUUCGAAACAGCAUUGUCAUUGAAAGAGUUGGCCAUAUUGGCAUUGAGUAACAAGGAGAGUGGCUGGUGCGAAGAAGAUGACGGUCCAAUGGAUGAACUGGCCGAAAAUGUGCAAGAUGCAUUAAUACAAAAAGCAUCCAUGCUUAGAGAAUAUUAUGGUAUCGAGAUCUCGAGCGAUGGCAAACUAAAAUCACUGCCACUUAUUUUAGAAAAUCAUUUGCCGAUGUUAUGUCAUUUGCCUAUGUAUAUUUUACGACUUGUAACUGAAGUUGAGUGGACGAAAGAGCUGAAAUGUUUUUCAACAUUUUCUCGUGAGACAGCCAUGUACUAUGCACGCUCAUCUUUCAAUAAUGAUGACACCGAAUGGAAAUGGUUGUGUGAACAUGUUUAUUAUGACCACAUCAAACGCUACUUAAUACCAUCCGAACAAUUGGACACAUCUAUAAUUCCGGUGGCAAAUUUACAAAAUUUAUACAAAGUAUUUGAACGAUGUUAAUGACACACUACGCACUAGAGAACUUCAUUUGUGAUAUAAAUUCAACCGAAUUUUGAAAAUAAAAAUCCAAUUUUUUUUUUUAUAGAUCUGGCA